CGGACAUUCCUUGCGACACGCUUGCAGCCGUUCAUUUCCUCCGCGCCUCCUUCCCUCCAUCACUCUCCAAGGUCGCAUCCUCCCUACCUCCCUUCGCCCUUCUCUCCCAAAUCUACACCGUGGUACCGCACCGAACCACUGUGGACCGAGAGCUUGAG